AUGACUUCGCUUCCUCCCGCGCGCUGCUGCACUCUUGGCAACCUCCACGAGGGUGAGGCCAAGGGCGAGAUCCGGAACAUUGGCAAGAUCGCGACAUACGUCUCGUAUCCCCCCAACAAGUCGACGGAAGAUGCCAUCCUCAUCCUCACCGACGUAAUCGGCCACGAGUUCAUCAACGCCCAGCUUCUGGCCGACCAGUUCGCCAAGCAUGGCUACCUCGUCGUCAUGCCCGACCUGUUCGAGGGCGACACGGUCCCGCUGAAUCGACCCGAGGGCUUCCUGAUCAUGGACUGGCUCAAGAACCAUUUGCCCCAGCACGUCGACCCCAUCAUCGACGACGUUAUUCGCGAGAUGCGCGAGAAGCUUGGCGUCAAGCGUAUCGGCGGGGUCGGCUACUGUUUUGGCGGCCGCUACGUCUGCCGCUACCUCAAGCCCGGCACCGGCAAGAUCGAUGUCGGAUACACUGCGCAUCCCACCAUGGUCGGCCCCGACGAGCUGGCUGGCGUUGAGGGACCUCUGAGCAUUACCGCGGCUGUCAAGGACUUUGUCUUCACAACGGAGAAGCGCCACGAAUCGGAGGAGAUCCUGGCAAAGCUGGACAUCCCUUACCAGAUCAACCUUCUUUCCGACGUCGACCACGGAUUUGCUGUCCGCUGCGACCUGAGCCAGCGCCGGCAGAAGAUUGCAAAGGAGGCGGCAUUCUCGCAGGCAGUUCAGUGGUUCGAUUCUUACCUGAAGGAGUAG